GCCGGGGCCGGUCGGCGAGGCGGUGCCGGGCUCGCGCAGGCUCGGGGCGGCGGCGCCAUGGGGCGGUAGCGCAGCCGGUGCCCUCGCUCUGCCGCCGGAAGGAGCCGCCGCCGCCGCCGCCCCGCAGCCCCAUGAGCCUCAACGAGCACUCGAUGCAGGCGCUGUCCUGGCGGAAGCUCUACCUGAGCCGCGCUAAGCUGAAAGCGUCCAGCCGCACCUCUGCGCUGCUCUCCGGCUUCGCCAUGGUGGCUAUGGUAGAAGUUCAGCUCGACACAGACCACGACUACCCUCAAGGUCUCUUGAUAGCCUUCAGUGCCUGUACUACUGUUCUUGUUGCAGUUCACCUUUUUGCACUCAUGAUAAGUACCUGCAUUCUUCCGAAUAUAGAGGCUGUUAGCAAUGUGCAUAAUCUCAACUCUGUCAAGGAAUCUCCUCAUGAGCGUAUGCACCGGCACAUUGAGCUUGCGUGGGCAUUUUCUACUGUCAUUGGGACUUUGCUCUUUCUUGCAGAGGUGGUGUUACUGUGUUGGGUGAAGUUUCUUCCUUUAAAGAAGAAAACUGACAGCCCACUCCAGAGUAACAGUUCUACCAUCACAUCAGGACAGGCAGCAGCCAUUGCAUCAACAUCUAUCAUGGUUCCCUUUGGAUUGAUUUUCAUUGUCUUUGCAGUCCACUUCUACAGGUCACUGGUGAGCCAUAAAACAGACAGGCAAUUUCAAGAACUCAAUGAACUUGCUGAAUUUGCACGGCUCCAGGAUCAGCUGGAUCACAGAGGUGACACGAUCUCCUCAGCUGUUACCCAUUUUGCGUAAAUCUGUACUUAAAGAAAAUAAACCCAUUAUUCUGUU